AUGAAAAUGUUCAUUAUUUUAAAUUUUCCAAUAACGACAAUACUUCUAUUUAGUAUUGUUAAUUCAUCAACAGGUGUUAUUCCGCAAUGUGGUAGUGAUAAACAUUGUUGUCAGACUGCUGCUACACUCAAAAAGGUUGGCUUUGCUUCUGCUAAAAUAAAUGUUAUGACAGCAAUAGCUUAUUAUGAAAGCGGUUGGGGUACACACAAUGGUCCAAAAAUGAACGACGACGGUAGUGGAGAUUAUGGCUUAUUUCAAAUUAAUAGUUAUUUAUGGUGUAGCUUAUCAGGAAAGCAAAAUGAUUGCUGCUGUCCAGGAACAUACCCUCAAUGUCGGAAAAAUUCAACAUUACGUACAUGUGCAUGCGGAUGCAACGUUGGUUGUUUACAAGUAUUAUCAGAUAAUAAUUUAAAUGCUCAGUGUGCUGCGAUUAUUUUCUCACGACAAGGUUAUACAGCUUGGGCAGCAUAUAAAUCACAUGCUUCUGAAUGUGAUUUCUAUAGUAUAUUUUUUGGUCAAUGUUCCUCUGGAAAUUGCUGUUCAGAUAUCAAUCCUGGUACUGUUUGCUGUCAAUCAUAUUACUCAUUUAGACACUUUUGUUGCCCUUCUAUAAACUCAACAUGUUGCUCAUCGGGUUGGUAUGAUACAUGUUGUCCACUUCAAACGCCCAUAUGUUGUGGAAGGCACUGUUGUUCAAAAUCCUGUGAUCCAUUGGGUUUUGGAUGCUCUUUUUAAAAGCGUGAGACUGGUGAAAAGUCAAAUCGAGUACCACAGAAAGCUGCAUUUAAUGCUUUAAAUUAAACCUAAUACGUUUAGAUCAUCAUUAGUCAAGAAAUUUCAAUCCUGUCAUAAAAUUUCAUAGUGACUUCUUUUUUAUCAUAAUAUAUUCAAGCAAGCUCAUCGAUAUUCUAAUUCUAAUGUUGUUAUUCUAAUAAUAUAUGUAAACUCAUAAACUAAUUCUAACCUAUGCACUACUUUAUCUUAUUUGAUUCUUAACAUAUUUCCUAUUAUCAUUUUUAAUAUAUUCUUAUUCAUAUUUUCUACUUAAGAGGGCUAUGAUAUUUAUCGCUGAAACAUAUUUGUUUUACACUUACUAUGUCUUGUUCUGAAAUGCUCGUAUAUGACUCAUUAUAGUACUAUUCAAAUGGAAAAGUUUCUAUUGUGAUGACCUUCCAUUGGGGUUUUAAUUGAUUGAUAAUGUCUCUUUACGAUAGCACUUAACCAUAGGGUGUCGGUGUGAGUGGGUGUGGUUGUGGGUGUGAGUGGCUGUGGCUGUGGCUGUGGGUGUGAAUGGGUGUGCGUGUGGGGUGUGGGUGUCGGUGUGGGUGUGAGUGUGGGUGGGUGUGGGUUUGGGGGCAGAUGUGAGUGUGGAUGUGAGGGUG